AUGGCUUUCGACUUUGCCCUCGUCAUCGUAGACAGUGUUAGCCUCGGUUUGGCAUGGAAAUCUCUUGAUAUACCCCCUGUUCCCUCCGUCGAUCCCAAAUACAAAGCCUAUUGGGGCAUGAGCCUCGCGUCUGCCGUUUUGGAUUUUUUGUUGGUGGGGUUUGGGUUUAUUAUGCUAUUCAUAGACUGGCAAGACUGGUUGGAAUCAAGGGAGAUACAGAGAUCAGGUGGGGAAGUGGUUGGGGGUGAUGCAAGAGACCUGGAAAGGGAAGCUGCGGCUGGUGGUCUGGGAGAUGCUGUUCCGAUGGAACCUAUUCGGCGUGUAGAACCUGGUCACUUGUUAGACCCUAUUAAUGUCGGCGAUAUCCGUAUUGACAUCGAAGGAGUUCCACGACUAUCGGAUGAGGAGUUGUCAGGGGAGAGAUAG